AGGCGCCAUGGGGGCGCGCGGGGCGGCGGCGGCGGCGCUGGCGGUGGCGGUGGGGCUGGCGGCGGCGCUGCAGGGGCCCCCGGGGCCGGCGGCGGGCGGCGAGGCGUGCGGAGGGCUGCGGGGGGACCGCGCCGUCCUCGGCAACAACACUCAUCAGUGCGUCUUCGAUGAUCUCAGCGGAUCUGUGUCCCUCUCCUGGGUGGGCGACAGCACCGGGGUCAUCCUGGUGCUGACGACGUUCCAGGUGCCGCUGGUGAUCAUGAGCUUUGGGCAGUCCAAACUCUACCGCAGCGAGGACUAUGGGAAGACCUUCAAGGACAUCACCAGCCUCAUCAACAACACCUUCAUCCGCACCGAGUUUGGCAUGGCCAUCGGCCCCGAGAACUCGGGCAAGGUCAUCCUGACGGGCGACGUCUCUGGAGGCAGCCGAGGUGGCAGGAUCUUCCGCUCGUCCGAUUUCGCCAAGAACUUUGUCCAGACGGAUUUACCCUUCCACCCGUUGGUGCAGAUCACCUACCACCCCCAGAACUCUGACCUCCUGCUCGCCCUCAGCACCGAGAACGGCCUCUGGAUCUCCAAAGAUUUUGGGGAGAACUGGAAAGAGAUCCACAAAGCUGUCUGCCUGGCGAAGUGGGGUGCGAAUGACGUCAUCUUCUUCACCACCUACCUGAACAACUCCUGCAAAGCUGAUCUGGGGUUACUGGAGCUAAAGAAAACCUCCGACUUCGGCAAAGCCUUCAAGGUCAUUGGCACCAAGAUUUAUUCCUUCGGACUGGGAGGACGCUUUCUUUUCGCCUCCGUCAUGACAGAGAAGGGUACCACGAGACGCAUUCACGUCUCCCUCGACCAAGGCGAGACCUGGAACAUGGCCCAACUCCCUUCCGUCGGCCAUGAACAGUUUUACUCCAUCCUUGCUGCUAACGACGACCUGGUGUUCAUGCAUGUGGACGAGCCGGGCGACACAGGGUUUGGCACCAUCUACACCUCCGAUGACCGCGGCAUUGUCUACUCCAAGUCUUUGGAGCGGCAUCUCUACACCACCACUGGAGGGGAGACUGAUUUCACCAACGUCACCUCGUUACGGGGUAUCUACAUCACCAGCGUCCUCUCUGAAGACAACUCCAUCCAGUCCGUGAUCACCUUUGACCGUGGUGGAGAGUGGGUACCGCUGAGGAAACCCAAAAACACCACUUGUGACUCCACGGCCAAGAGCAAGGAAGAGUGCAGCCUCCACAUCCACGCCUCCUACAGCAUCUCCCAGAAGCUGAACGUCCCCAUGGCUCCGCUCUCCGAGCCCAACGCUGUCGGCAUCGUCAUCGCCCACGGGAGUGUCGGGGGGGCCAUCUCGGUGAUGAGCCCUGAUGUCUACAUCUCGGACGACGGGGGCUACACGUGGGCGCGGAUGCUGGAGGGGCCGCACCACUACGCCAUCCUGGACUCGGGUGGUCUCAUCGUCGCCAUUGAGCACACCAUCCAACCUGUCAACGUCAUCGAGUUCUCGACGGACGAAGGGCAGUGCUGGUACAAGUACACUUUCUCCAAGGAGCCCAUCUUCUUCACGGGUCUGGCGUCGGAGCCGGGUGCGCGCUCCAUGAACGUCAGCAUCUGGGGCUUCCGCGGGAGCUUUCUCUCCCGCAAGUGGGUUUCCUACACCAUCGACUUCAGCGAGCUGCUCAGCAGGACCUGUGAGGACAAGGACUAUACCAUCUGGCUGGCGCACUCCAGCGAUCCCAGCGACCCCAGCGACGGCUGCAUACUGGGAUACAAGGAGCAGUACCGGCGUCUCCGCAAGUCCUCAGUGUGCCAGAACGGCCGGGACUACGUGGUGACCAAGCAGCCGUCCGUCUGUCCCUGCACACUGGAGGAUUUCCUCUGUGAUUUUGGAUACUACCGCCCAGAGAACCAGUCGGUGUGUGUGGAGCAGCCGGAGCUGAAGGGACACGACCUGGAAUUCUGCCUCUAUGGCAGACAGGAGCUGCUCAAGACCAGCGGGUAUCGGAAAAUCCCUGGAGACAAGUGUUCAGGAGGGGAGAACCCAAGCCGGAAGGAGACAGACAUGAAGAAGAAAUGCACCAGCAACUUCCUCAACCCCAGCCAGCUGACAGCAUCUGCCAGCUCCACCCCCAUCAUCCUGGCUGUGGUUGCCGUGCUGCUCGUCACCGCCGUGGCCGGAGUCCUCAUCGUCAAGAAAUACGUCUGUGGGGGCAGGUUCCUGGUCCAUCGCUAUUCCGUCCUCCGGCAGCACGCGGAGGCCAAUGGCGUCGAGGGGAUGGAGGCGCUGGACUCUGCCCCCCCGGCCACCAAAGUGGGAUACCACGAUGACUCUGACGAGGACCUCCUGGAGUAGCAGAACAGCAGCGCCGAGGCGGGGGACACCGCCACGCCGGGGACACCGCCACCUCCACCGCGCAGACGGGGCCCCCCCUGCGCCCAGAGGGCUGCGCCCCCAAACCCGCUGCCUGCUCAGCCCCUUUGCUGCUGGCAGGGGACACACACGCAGAGGUUUAACUUAACUCCGCUUUAAUAUUUCCUUCCAGCGCAGGGAGCGUAUGUAGGUGGUGGCUUUUAGGGUCUUUUAUUUGGUUUAUUUUUUUCCCCUUUUCUGGGCUCUUUUAUUUAAAGGAGAGGAUGGGGGGAGCCCCGAGGGGUCACUGCUGCUGGGGGGGCUCAGGGGGCAGCGACCAGACUCCCUGCAGCUCCCGUCUCCGCUUUCCUUCUCCAAAGCCCCCCUAUUCCCCCUAGGCUGGGGGAUCCCCAUGGCCCUGGGAUUCCAGCUUGGCUCUGCUCCCCCUCCUUUCCCCCGGGCUGGCCUUGGCCAAGGGAAUGCAGCAAUAAUGAAUUAAAGCUUGAAGCUUUUUAACGAGGGGCUGAGGGGGGGGCUCAGCCCUGACCCUGCCUCAACCGGCAGCAGUGUGGGCAAGACGGGGGGGUGGUGAGAGCAGCCCCCCCAGAGUGGGUUGCCCCCCUCCACCGCCCCCGGGUUUUGGUCCCAGCACUGUUAUGGUGUCCUUACACUGGAUCUCCCCUUUAUUUCGGGGGGUGGGCUGCAGCCCCCAGCUCUCAGCUGAGGUGCAGGGGCUUUAGGGGACCCCUCCUCCAUCCAGCUGGGUUUGGGGGGUGCAGGGAGAUGGGGGGGAGGUGCAGAAUGACAUCCCCCCCCCACACACCCCAUGGCUAUCGAGCCAUGCUGUCGCUACACGUGGCCUCCGCUCUUGCUCCCAGGGGCUCUGCAAAGCCUGCUGCCCCCCCUCCCCGGCACGGACACCCCCACACCGGCCCUGAAUGCCGGCAGGAUCGGGGCCGGGGGGGUGCACAGCCGCAGCACCUCUUGCAUGUGCUUCAGUGUCCCCAUGGGGUUCACGUCGGGAUGGGGACAGGGAUGCAGUGUAACCCCCCCCCAACUAAAAGCCAUAGCCCUGUGCCCACCCCCCUCACCCCGGCUCCUUCC